GAGAGUGUGUGAUGGAGUUUGUAAGCUGUAUACUCCUCCUUGUGUUAGCUUUAGCAACGUUUGCACAAACUCUGCAAUGGGUGGGUUCAAGAAGAAGGUCGAAACUGCCACCAGGACCUUACCCUCUUCCCAUGAUUGGAAACCUUGUUCAACUGGGCACAAAGCCUCACCAAUCCCUGGCCCAUCUCGCUCAAAUUCACGGCCCAAUCAUGAGCAUCAAACUGGGCCAAGUAACCACCAUAGUCGUCUCUUCCCCUCACAUGGCCAAAGAGGUUCUCCAAACCCAUGACCGCUCCUUCUCAGACAAAGCAGUUCCACAAGCCGUGCAUGUUCACAACCACCACAACCACAGUGUCGCCUUCUUACCCGUUUCACCUCUCUGGCGUCACCUAAGGAAAAUUUCCAACCAAAACUUAUUCUCCAACAACACUUUGGACUCAAACCAAAACCUCAGACGCAACAAACUGCAUGAUCUCAUCAAUGAUAUCCACCAAAGUAGCCUCCUUGGUGAAGCUGUGGAUAUUGGAAAAGCGGUUUUCAAGACUUCUAUCAACUUGUUAUCCAACACUAUGUUUUCUUUGGAUUUGGUCCACUCUGCAGGUUCUGUUGGAGAUUUCAAGGACUUGGUGGUCAACAUCAUGGAAGAGUGUGGGAGACCAAACCUUGCUGAUUUCUUCCCUGUGCUCAAAAUAAUUGACCCUCAAGGCAUCAGGAGUAGAAACAGUGUUUAUGCUGGCAAGAUCAUUCACACCUUUCGAGAUUUGAUUCAUCAGAGGCUGAAGCUAAGGGAAGACCAGGGCCUUGACUCAAACAAUGACAUGUUGAAUACUUUGCUCAACAGCCAAGAGAUGAACCAAACCAUGAUUCAACAUUUAGCUCUGACUUUGUUUGUUGCGGGAACGGAUACAAUUACAUCUACAUUAGAAUGGGCAAUGGCAGAAUUGGUGCAAAAUGAAAAGGCAAUGUCAAAGGCAAAACAAGAGCUAGAGGAAAUCAUUGGCAAAGGAAAACCGGUUGAGGAAUCAGAUAUUGCUAAGCUUCCUUAUUUGCAAGCAGUGAUAAAAGAGACCUUCCGGUUGCACCCUUCGGUCCCAUUUUUGGUCCCUCGUAAGGCCAAUACAAAUGUGGAAAUUGGGGGGUACACAAUCCCAAAAGGUGCACACGUGCUAGUGAACGUGUGGGCUAUUGGGAGAAAUUCAAGCGUGUGGGAGAAUGCAAAGGUGUUUUCACCCGAGAGGUUCUUGAACACCAAUAUUGAUGUGAAAGGUGGAAACUACGAGCUUACACCGUUCGGUGGUGGGCGUAGAAUUUGUCUUGGCUUGCCCUUAGCCAUGAGGAUGUUGUAUUUGAUGUUGGGUUCUCUUGUGAACUGUUUCAAUUGGAAACUUGAAGAAGAUGGUAUGAACAUGAACAUGAACAUGGAAGACAAGUUUGGAAUAAGUUUAAGGAAGGCUGAACCAGUUAGAGUUAUUCCCGAGAAAGUAAUGUGAUGAAAUGUAGUCCAUUAAUGUUGAAUAAAAUCAUGCAUUGCAGUGUAUGAUUACUGAUUAGAAAUAAAAUGUUGUAUGUUCAACUCAACAUUCAAA